CUGGCUGGACGGGACAUGGCCUGGUGGCCGAUCGGAGCGUCUCUGUUCGCCAGCUCCGAGGGAUCCGGGCUGUUCAUCGGUCUGGCCGGGACCGGAGCCGCUGGAGGCAUCGCUGUCACCGGCUUUGAAUGGAACGCGACCUAUGUGCUGUUGGCGCUGGCCUGGGUGUUUGUGCCUGUCUACAUCUCCUCAGGGAUCGUUACGAUGCCGGAGUACCUGGGCCGUCGUUUCGGAGGAGAGAGGAUCCGAACCUACCUGGCUGUCCUCUCGCUGCUGCUGUCCGUCUUCACAAAGAUAUCAACGGACCUGUACUCUGGAGCCUUGUUUGUUCAGGUGUGUCUGGGAUGGAACCUCUAUCUGUCCACUGUCCUCAUGCUGGUGGUCACUGCACUCUACACUAUUGCAGCCUUUAACAAGAUCGGGGGGUACAGCAACCUGGAGCGUGUGUACAGCAUGGCAAUUCCCAGCAAGAUCAUUCCCAACAGCACGUGCCACCUGCCACGCGAGGACGCCAUGCACCUGUUCAGGAACGCCGUCACCGGAGACCUGCCCUGGCCUGGCAUGACGCUGGGCCUCACCAUACUGGCCACCUGGUACUGGUGCACUGACCAGGUUAUUGUCCAACGCUCGCUGUCUGCAAAGAGCAUGAGUCACGUGAAGGGAGCAUCGAUCCUGGCCGCCUAUCUGAAGAUGCUGCCCUUCAUCUUCAUCAUCCUCCCCGGCAUGAUCAGCCGAGCGCUCUAUCCGGACACUGUGGGAUGUGUCGACCCGGAGGAGUGUGUUCGAGUGUGUGGGGCGGAGGUGGGAUGCUCCAACAUCGCCUUUCCCAAACUGGUCAUUGAACUCAUGCCAAGUGGCCUGCGGGGGCUCAUGAUAGCGGUGAUGAUGGCAGCUCUGAUGAGUUCACUGACCUCCAUCUUCAACAGCAGCUCCACCCUCUUCACCAUGGACAUCUGGAAGAAACACCGGCCCCGGGCCCCAGAGAAAGAGCUGCUACUGGUCGGCAGGAUCGUGACGGUGAUCUUGGUGGUGGUGAGUGUGGUGUGGAUCCCCAUCCUGCAGUCGGCCAACAGCGGCCAGCUCUAUGUCUACAUCCAGUCUGUGACCAGCUACCUGGCUCCGCCCGUCACCGCCGUGUUCACUCUGGCCAUCUUCUGGAAAAGGACCAAUGAGCAGGGUGCAUUCUGGGGCCUGAUGGUGGGCCUGGUGGUGGGUGUGUGCAGGAUGGUGCUGGAGUUUGGGUUCCCUCCUCCCAGAUGUGGCGUGGUGGAUUCAGCCCCUAACGUGCUGCGUAGCGUCCACUACCUCCACUUCGCCAUCCUGCUCUGUGGCCUCACCGCUGUCGUGGUUACCAUCGUGUCGCUGCUCACGCCGCCGCCAACCCCGGAACAGUUGUGUAACCUGACCUGGUGGACAAUAACCGAGCCGCCACAGAGAGAAAUUCCUCUUCAGAAAGUGUCCUCUGUCAGCCACCGUAGAUCCCAGGGCUCCGAUCCAGCUCUGCGGGUGACGUGUGGUCAGCGGGUGCAGGGAUUGUGUAUCUCAGCAGUGCGGCGGCCGGAGCCGGCUCCAGCUCCCAGAGUUCCCACUCUGAGAGAGAGUGUGUUCUGGUCGAGGUUCUGCUGUGCCAACGCGCUGCUGCUGAUCUGCAUUAACAUCUUUCUCUAUGCUUACUUUGCCUGAGCGGAGAGUUGAGCAUCCGACAUCCUGCUUGUCUGCCAAACAGCAACAUGACAUCUCCAGGUCCGAGAAGGUGGAGAAACAAACCGAUUUUAUUGAAGAAGUUGUAGUUUCAGGUGCUGUAAAACUUCCAUAUUUUAAAAUAGUAAAUACCCAGAGAGAUAAAUCCUCACAAACCUCUUCACGUAUUAGUUUGCUGAUGUAUGUUGAGACACUCUUUCAUCUGCAUGUGGAUCCACAUCUGUGUCACAUUACACAUAGGGAUUGGGAAUAAUGGAAGACACGUGUUCUUUUAAGUUAGUGGAACAAGUCAUGAGAAAAAGGUCGAAAAUUCACCGUAUCACAAUGUUUUUAAAUCGUGAGCAGCUCAUAAAACCCCUUAUUAUAUAUAUUUACUUUUACAUGUAAUGUUUAAUAUUCAACUUCUGUCCCACUAUUAGUUAUUUGUUCAUAAAACUUCACUCAUGUUGUGAACUAUAAAUUACUGUGAAUCUCGUGCCAAACUAACAUCAAUACACUUCUCUUACUAGAAAAUAUAAGAAUAAUACAUUUAUGUGUUUUAGGUUUAAUGUGACUC